AUGGAUCGCGCCGACCGUCGUCGUCGCGCGCCGUCGCGCCUCCUCGCCGUCGCGCUCCUCGUCGUCGCGCUCGCGCUCGCGUCGUUCGCGACCCCCGUCGCGGGCGCGCACCUCUCCGUCGACGAGCGGAUGGAGCUGGCGCGAUCCAUGAGGAAGCGCGCGGGCGGCGAUCCCGCCGCGACGACGCUCGACACCGGGGCGCUGCACGCGGAAGCGCGCAAGAUCGCGGAAGCGCGCGCGGGGGCGAACCGCGAGCGGGACGCGCGCGAGGCGGCGGCGGCGCGGAGGGAGCCGCCGCGUCACGCGAAGCCGGCGAUGAAGCCGUCGCCGACGCCGGACUCCUAUCAGUCUUCGAAGAAGGAUCCGGAAGAGGCGAACACGUCGCGGAGGGCAUCGCGAUCGUCCUCCUCGUCCUCGACGCGGCGCGCGACGUCCGCGAAGAUGGGCGCCGCCUCCUCCUCAUCGUCCUCCUCCUCCUCCUCCGCGUCGUCGCCGCGGCCGCCGUCGAUGACGCUCGCGCAAGCGCACGCCGCCAUCGACGAGGUCACCGCCGUCGUGCGCGUCCCCGCCAACGCCGCGCGAAUCGCGGCGAUAAAAAAACAAGUCGACGCGGACCCGGACAACGCGAUGAUGGCGAUGUUCUCGUUCAUGCCGCUCGCGAACGAGCUGAUGGGGCCCGCGAUGAAGAAGUACGGGUACGCCGAUCAAGAGAACGGCGGCGGGCUGAUGCCGUUCCUGAACGCGCUGCAGGAGGACCGCGGCGACGACGCGUUGCGGGACAAGGCGAGGACGCUUCGAAAGCUCGUCGUGCCGGAGAGCAUGUUGCCGAUGGUCGAGGCGAUGUACGGCGGCGGCGGCGGCGGGGGGGGGGGGACCAGAAGGAGCGAGUUGUGA